AUGCUGGACCAGAAGAACAUACAGGGGGAUAUUUGGCCUCGUCUGCCCAAAAAGGCCGAAAGAUUUGUGUUUUUUCGAAUCAGCAACGUGCCAGAGUUCAAGAGCAGCCUGCCAACGAUAGCGAGCUUCAUCACUACAUCGGAUUCAUCUCUCAAGACCCGCAACGACAUCUACAAAAGGAAGCAGGAGGGUACCCUCAGGGGUAUUAUUAAUCUAGUCUCGAUUAAUAUUGCGUUCACUGCGGCUGGACUGGACAAACUGGGAGCCGAACGUUUCAAUGAUGAAGUCUUCAACGGCGGCCAGUUCAAAGACAUGACUGCUCCGUUGGAGGGCGAGACAGCCGAAGACCACCAAGGACUUGAUCCUCAGGGUGACUGGGUUCCUGAAUUUAAGCCAAGCGGUGGGGGUAUCGACGGUGUUCUUGUUGUGGCGGGCAAUAGUCUCGAAAGUGUCGAUAAAAUGAUCCAGGAUGCAAUUGAUUGGGCCUUCAACGUUGGCAACGACAGGCAAAGUAUUGAGAAGGUCUAUACUAAGACCGGCACAGUCUACCAGAACCACCUUGAACACUUUGGAUGGGUAGACGGUAUUAGCCAGCCUAAAGUCAAGGGACUUGACGAGCUCUCGGUGAAGGGCAAUGACACUGGAAUGGCACCGAUAGAUCCCGGAAUUAUCAUUGUCGGACACGAAGGUGAUCAGAACAAACAUCCAGAGUGGGCGAAGGAUGGCAGCUUCAUGGUCUUCCGGAUUUACGAGCAGCUGGUCCCUGAGUUCUACUAUUGGUGCUCUCUGCACUGUCCAACCGGUGCGGAGGAGACAAAAAAGGCACUACGAGAAGGAAAGCCAGUCGAAUGGAGUGAACGGUCCAUGGACGAGAUGGGCAUGUUCUCCUCGCGAUUGGUCGGACGCUGGCCUGCAGGUGCUCCCAUGGAGCUUCACCCCAAAGAGGAUCCCAAUUCCGGCCUGUCACGACAUGAAGAUGAGAAAAAGAACAGAGAUCUAGUCGCACAGGCGCUUGGUAAGGAGGGGCUAGACCGGCUGGCGACAAUUAAGCAAAAGAACGAGACGGAUGCCUUCAACUACAACCCCACUGACCAGACCAAGUGCCCAUAUGUCUCUCACAUGCGCAAGACUGGCCCUCGGAAUGACCAUGACAACUACACCCGGCAUUUGAUGAUGCGCCGGGGAAUUCCCUACGGGCCCUGGUGCGAGGGUGAGGAAAGAAGCCGUGGGGUCACAGAGCAUGAACGUGGCCUUCUCUUUGUCAGCUACCAGAGCAGCAUCGACGACGGGUUCCGUACCCAGCAAAAGCGAUGGGCCAAUGCUGCCGAUGGCCCAACCGACAUGGCAAAGCAUAGUGGAGGCAACAGCCAGGGGAUUGACCCCAUUGUCGGUCAAGCUCACCCGCGCCAUAUCAGGGAAGACACAGAUGGGCGGAUCCGUGCCAAGUAUCGAGACCCUGCGCCUCAAAUCCACUUCCCUGAAACGGUCUACGGGGAAGCCGGUCCCCAGGUGUAUGAUCAAAAGAUCGAUCUGGCCAGGCUAUGCAUUCCUCAUGGCGGAGAAUACUUCUUUUCCCCCUCCAUUUCUGCCUUGAAAGAUUACUUGCCUUCGAGACGUCUGGCGACAUGA